CGCUAGCUCCACAUGCACUUUUUGCGUUGAGGCUCUAACGAGCGCCUUUGCUGCGUCGGUAGAGCGCCUCGCGCCCCCUCGGCGUUCUCCAGGGACGACUGGGCCCGCCCCUGCCUCCGCUCCCGGCCCCCGACCGUGGACGGGCCCCUACAAGCUUGUGCAACCCACAACCAGUACAACCGCACCCCGACGGCGCGCACCGGCACAACGGACAGCCUGAACGCCCAACAACAAACAACGGCUGACGCCAUCGCAGCCGUUGUUACACAGGCAAAUAUUGAAGCCAUGGCCGCGGCACCCAACAUGUCAGCGCUCCCCAAGCACAUCCUCACCGCGACGGCCCUCGGCAACGUCUCCGUGCUAUCGCAGUGGAUUAAUGACGGCGGCGAUCCCAAUGCGAGGACCAUUGACGGGCACACGCUGCCGAGCGUCGCGGCCAUCUUCUGUCGUUUAGAUUCCAUGACUGUACUGGUAGAGAGAGGAGCAAGGGUCGACGUCGCGGAUGGCGACGGGUGGACGCCUCUCAUCGAGGCUGUUGUGUUCCAGCCGGGCAUCGAAAGCAACGACGACCACCGCGUGAGGAGACGGGAACUAGUCGAUCUAUUGCUGACGCAUGGUGCCUCAGUCGAUAGGAGAACGGCCGAUGGUAUGACGCCGUUGAUGUUGGCCGCAGCUCAAGGACACAUGGACAUCAUAAGGUUGCUGUUACGACGGGGCGCCGUCCUCACUCUGACAGAUGGUGCGGGCCGCAACGCGGAGGCCGCGGCAGAAAGGCGCAAUCGCGACGACGCCGCGGAGCUGCUGAAGGAGGUUCGCUUGAGUGGCGGGACCUGGAAACGAUAUAUUUCGGAACCGCGGCGCGACCUCCUGGUACUGCGUGUGUUGUGCUCUAGGGGCCGGGCCAUGCUUUCGCCGAAUGAAGGCAGGUUGGUGGGCCCGUCGCAGGGCGGCGCGCUCGCGCGGCUCUUCCCGGCGCCGCCGGGCCGGACGCGGCGGCAGAAGCGGAUGCGGCGGCGCGGUCCGCACCUGCCGGACGAGCUGUUUUGGAGGGUCCUGCAGUUCUGGCGGUCGGAGCGGGACUUCCCCGAGGAGCCCGAGGACGUCGCCGCAGGCUACGGCGACGACAUGGUCGACAUCCAGUUCCACGAUGAGGAAUCGUCUCUCGAUGGCUGGACCGGACCGCCCGGUGGCCUUGCGUAAUUUUGUCCCUAGGGCUAUGUUCUUACUGGCUCUCGAUGUCCGCCUGGAUGGGCUUGUCGCGCUUCGCGUCUUCUAUCUGCUGCACGGACGGCGCGACCUUCUGCGCGGCGAGGACGAGCCAGCCUGUGUUU